AUGGAGAAGGAACAGCCCUCGUUCCUAUCCGCCGAUUGGCACAAAGACGGCUAUUCCGACUGGUGCCACACGCCUAAUCCGGAGAAUUUACGUCGUAUGAUAGCUGAAGCGGAGAAUGUCCUCAAAAAGGAGAUGAGUUCCCCGAGUCCCGAAUCCUCGGGUAUUCCCCAGAAACAGACGCUCCAACGCGAUGACCCGGUCGACGAUGAGGACUCCCUGGAAGGCUUCGACGAAGAGAGCUUCUCCUCGAGCAGUAGGAACAAGCACCAGCGGUGCUGCUGCAGUGCCAAGUUUGAGAAUUCGGACGUCAUGAAGAGAACGAUUUUGAAGUGGGACAGGGAGAGACAGAGGAGUCGAGCUCUCAACGAUGCUUGGGACAAACUCCGCAAAGUCCUCCCUUCGCUCGGCAACGACCGGCGACUUACCCGGCUCGAGGCAGUGCAGAUGGCGAUAAAUUACAUAAGCGCUCUUUACGAUCAGCUUUGGUGA